AUGCAGUCCCCGGCGGUGCUCGUCACCUCCAGGCAAAUUCAGAAUGCCCAUACAGGCCUGGACCUGAGUGUGCCCCAGCACCAGGAGGUGCGGGGCAAGAUGAUGUCAGGCCAUGUGGAGUACCAGAUCCUGGUGGUAACCCGGUUGGCUGCAUUCAAGUCAGCCAAGCACAGGCCUGAGGACGUCGUGCAGUUCUUGGUCUCUAAAAAGUACAGCGAGAUUGAGGAGUUUUACCAGAAACUGAGCAGUCGUUACUCCACGACCAGCCUCCCCCCGCUGCCCAGGAAAGUCCUGUUUGUUGGGGAGUCUGACAUCCAGGAAAGGAGAGCCACGUUCAAUGAGAUUCUGCGCUCUAUCUCCAAGGAUGCUGAGUUGGCAAGCAGCCCAGAGCUGCUAGAAUUCUUAGGCACUAGGUCCCCAGGGGCUGUGGAUCUCUCCAGCAGAGAUGUCUCUGUCUUGGAUGCAGACAGCCAGGAAGGGGACGACGGGGAUGCUUUCGAUUUCUUCAGGCAGCAGGAUGGAGUGGCCGGAGAGGGUCUGCCGAUCCCGGGCCUGCAGGGCAAGGAUGCCGGGAAGCCCUUGGAAGAGGAGAAGGAAGAGGAGGAGGAGGAGGAGGAGGAGGUAGCACUGGACCCUCUGGGAAUCAUGCGCGCUAAGAAACCCAAGAAACACCUUGAAGUGGGCACCAAGCCCAAGCCUGCACCCUGGCUCACCAUCUUUGAUGAGGAGGUAGAACCUGAUGAGGGGCUUUUUGGCCCCAGCAGGAAGCUGUCCCUGCAGGGCUCCACAGAGGAUGUCUCCACCAGAGACCCCCUGAAGCUCUUUGACGAUCCUGAUCUUGGUGGGGCCGUACCUCUGGGUGAUCCCUUACUGCUGCCAGCCGCCCAUGUGAGUGGAGAGCCUCCUGUGUCUAGUCUGGGCUGCAGGGAAGCCUCCAAGGAGCUCUUCAGAGUUGAAGAGGACUUGGACCAGAUCCUGAACCUGGGAACUGAACCCAAACCCAAGCCCCUGCCCAAGCCCAAGCCCAAGCCACCAGUGGCCGCUAAGCCAGCGUUACCCAAAAAACCAGCUGUUCCUCCCAAAGCGGGCCCAUCCGAAGCUGUGGUUGGGCAAUGGAAGCAGCAGCAGCAGAUCCAAGCCAUGGAUGAGAUGGACAUCUUGCAGUACAUUCGGGACCAUGAUGCACCUGGCCAGGCCGCCCCUAGCCUCUUCUGA